AUGACGGGCGACGAAGAGUGGGUGAGAGCUGCGAUGACGGACGACUCCAUGGUGGUGGAGCUGCUGGUGCGGCUGAACCAGCCACCGCCAACUCCGAAGCCUGCUUUGCCCGUUGACUGGAGCGUACGCCAGCCACGUUCCAAGACGAUGACGGUUAAGGCUAUGACUAGUACCACCACUAGGGCCAGCCCCACCACUCCGCUUUCAUGGAGUGGCGCCGAAUCUCUCAGCGGCGGUGCUGGUGGUGGAAGUGGAAGUGGAGGCACCGUCGAUGGCGGUUUCGAAGAGUCCAGCCGUCCUCUUCACAAACGCUCACACACAACAAGAUCUAAGGUUACUGGAACAAGUGAAACAGCAACAACCAAGAGGUCAAGAAAGAAGAAGACCAUAGCUGAACUUAAAGAGGAGGAGAUCUUGCAAUUAAAGGAAAAAAGGCACUUGAAGAGGGAAAUAGCAAACUUUCACAUCACUUUGGAAAAGCAGAGAGCCACAAAUGAGAGCUUGAAGAUAAUGAAGCUUGAUUUGCAAUCACAGCCAGCAGCUGAAAGCGUUCUAACAGUUGCCUGCGAGGAAACAAUUUCUCAUCAAUUUCAGCAAAAGACAGCAGAUUGUGACCCAGCCCCUCCCAUCUUGCCACCAAUUGUCACAGGCAAUGUUCUUGAUGCUUUACCAACCGGUCUUUCUCAAGUGCAUAAGGAAGUCACAGAUCCAGUGGCUAAAUGUGCGCUACCUGAUCUAAAUGUUCCUUUCGAAGAGGAUUCAUAUGGAGUGAGCUAG